AUGAGGGUGGUCACUACCAUUCCGUCAUCAUCCACCGACGCCGUCGGCCAAGGGUCGCUCGCAUCAGCCGAGGCUCCCGCUGAGGCGACCCCAUUCGGGGAGAUCGUGCAGAAGACGCGCGACCUUCUUGGGCCGACCUUCCCAUUGCGCAGGACGUCGGAGGGAAUACGCGAGUUUUCCGUGCCGAGCCUUGUCCCUCGGCCAAGUCUCACCAGAGAGCAGCGAGACUUCAUCGCUUUUCUAUUCGGAGACCGUUGCCAAGACAUCCUCGAACAGCGCGCGGCUGAUGUGACACUCGCGCUGGACAAAAUCAGGAGCAAGACGCCAGCAGGCACGGUCUCCCCCGAGAGCGAGAACGACUUGCAGAAGUUCGUUAACUCGUCGAGGAGAGACCUGCUUUACGUGAAGAUUAUGAGAAAUAACAUCACGGAGAGAUACUGUGCUCCUCCGGAAGUCUACCCUGAGGAUAUUAAUGACAACGACGGCUACUACCUGGUCAUGGAUUACGACAUGCCGUAUCUCCUGGCGGACGAUCGAAUGUGGGGUUAG